AUGUCCGGGAGCACUGAGAUGGCCACAGCAACGGAGAAGCUGCUGGAUACAGUCUGCAGCUUUCCUGCGCUUCUAAACGAGGAAGAUGAGCUUCCCAUUGCAACUCGAGCGCAAGUGGAGGUUGAAUUGCCCUCCCAUGAAGUGAUUCGGGACUUCAGCCUGAAAUAUGGCAUCUCAAUACAGGUCGUCCUUGAAACUGUCUGGGCAAUUGCCUUGAAGACAUUCACUGGAGAUGAGAAUAUCUGUCUGGCCUCCCUGUCUCAGGAGGGAUCGGAUCUCAUCACGGCAGCUGUAGAGGAUGAUUCCACUCUCAUCGAUGUGUUGGGAGUGAUCUCGAAGAAUAAGAAACACUUUCAGGAUGGAUAUGCCCCGUCGGACCUCUCCUGCAAUUCCGGGGUCUGCUUUGUCGAAUCUACAGAACAGAUAGUUUCGAAUUUCGACCAGUUUGACGUGCUACUUCAUGCGGUGAUAGACCAGAGCCAAUGGCGUCUAUCCUUGUGGUAUCAAACUAGCCAUCUGGCCCAUCCCUACGCCACGAUCGUGGCCGCGACAGUCAGUCAAAUUCUCGGCGAGAUUCUGGCUGAUCCGUCACGUCCCCUUUCUCAGAUCAACCUUGUCCAUCCACAGGUGCGACAUGAGUUGCAAGCCUGGAGUAACAUGACUCCUGCUUCGAUUGAUCGCUGUGUGGGGGAGAUGUUCGAGAAAACGGUGCAGGAGAGGCCACUCCAUACAGCAGUUAACACCUCCGACUUGACGCUCACCUAUCAAGAGUUGGACUUUCGGAGCGCAACCCUAGCUCGGGAGCUUCAAAAACGAGGGGUGGUGCCUGAAGCCAUUGUGGUGCUCUGUUUCCCCAAAUCGGCCUGGGCAGUGGUGGCCAUGAUGGCUGUCAUUCGCGCUGGCGGUGCGAUUCUAUUUCUGGAUCCGUCACAUCCUACGGCUCGACACCAAGAAAUUAUCGGCCAGGUUGACACGAAGUGGAUUAUAACCGCACCGGAGUACUCGCAGUUGUGGGAGUGGUUCGAUGGCGAUGUCCUUCUCCUUGAUGAUAACUUCGUGAGCUCCCUUGGCCAAUCGCCAGAUAAUGAAUCCACAAAAGAACAGAAAGUCCAAUGCUCGGCUACUCCAUCGAGUGCAUUGUAUGUUAUUUUUACGUCAGGCAGCACGGGAAAGCCCAAAGGCUGUGUUGUCGAACAUCGACAGUUUCUCACAGGGUCACUUGCCCAGCAGAAAGCGUCUAAGAUGACACACGAGGACCGCGUCCUUCAGCUAGCAUCCUUCACUUUCGAUGUCAGCAUCUUGGAGAUUAUCACUUCGCUUAUCUCGGGGGCCUGCGUCUGUAUUCCCAACGACCAGGAACGGGCCAAAGGGCCUGCAGCCUGUAUCCAGCAAUUUGGCGUGACGUGGGCCUUCUUGACGCCAUCCUUGGUCAACCUUAUGGCCCCCGAGAUGGUCCCCACUCUUCAAUUUCUGGUUCUGGGAGGUGAGGCGGUACAGCAAGAGAAUAUCAAUAUCUGGGCGCCCCAUGUCCGUUUAGCCAACGGAUAUGGGCCGACCGAAUGUUCUAUCGCGGCGACAGCCCACCCGGGGCUUUCGUUGAAGACGAGUCCCUCGAAUAUCGGCCAUCCGCUGGGUGGUUGCUGUUGGAUUGUGGACAAAGACAAUCACAACCGACUCUUGCCAAUUGGUGCACCAGGUGAGCUGGUUAUCCAGGGCCCAAUUGUUGCUCGAGGAUAUUUGAACGAGCUGGAGAAGACUCGCGCCGUGUUCCUAGAAUCCGUCCAGUGGAUGGAGAGCGGGCCGACGGACACUUCUCGACUGUACAAAACCGGUGAUCUGGCCCGGUUCAAUGCCGACGGCAGCUUAUUUUUCCUGGGACGCAAGGACAGUCAAGUUAAAUUACGAGGCCUGCGAAUUGAACUGGGAGAGAUCGAGCACCGACUGGCAGAUCAUCCGCUGGUGGAACAAGCUGUCGUCGUGCUGGCCAAACAAGGGCCCUGCCAAGGAAAGCUGUGCGCUGUGCUUUCGUUGAAAAGCCUUCGACAGGAUACGGUAUCAUUGGAGCUCGUUGAGGAUGGGAAAUUUGGACUAGCUACAGAGGAAAUCGCCACGGUGGCCGCUGCUCUCUCUCAGCAAUUGCCGAGUUACAUGCAGCCCACAGUCUGGGCACCUGUACAGUGCAUCCCACUCACCGUCUCGGGGAAGCAAAACGGUGUGCUCGUGAGGAAAUGGGUAGCCGACAUGUCUUUGGAGACAUUCGACCUCCUCACCGGUCGAACAGAGGGCGCGGAUUCCGAAAAAGUCCAGCCAUCUACCGACGAAGAAAUAGAGCUGCAGGCACUCUGCAGUGCCAUUCUCGGAUUCGCUAGCCCCGAAGACAUCUGGCUGAAUAAAUCAUUUAUUCAGAAUGGAGGAGACUCUAUCCAGGCAAUGCAGCUGCUGGAUCACCUGCGCCGCAAGCAGUAUGGAGUCGGACUGGAGGAUCUGUUGCAAAGUACGACGUUGAUCGAUCUCGCCCAAAGAAUGGCGAGCAACGAGCGUGUCACUUCGGUCGAGGAAGAGUCAGCCGUGGUCAGCCUGAAUUUGGAGCGGAUCAAGCAGCUCGGAUUCAAUGUUAGCGAUGUAGAGGAUCUAUACCCCGUUUCCUCCGUCCAGCGAGGUAUCCUAUUGUCUCAACAACAGUCACCAGACCGAUACCAGUUACGGAUUACAUGCGAGAUCCUCCCACCUUCUGGUCAGUCUGUGAAGCUAGAACUGCUACGAGAAGCCUGGAAACAGUUGACGAAACGCCAUCCGGCGCUGCGCACCGUCUUUGUUGAAGCUGAAGCGGAGGACGGUCUUUGCGACCAGCUGGUUCUGACCUCAGGUCAUGGAGCCUUCAUGGAAUGGAGCCACAAUGACGAGACCGCUGUCUGGGCUGCCCUGAAUGCCUACAAGCGUGAGGAUGAACCACUCCAACCUCCCGUUGCUUUUAUCGUGUCCCACACCUCUGACGGCAAGGUGUUUGGCACAAUCGAUAUCAGCCACGCCCUGAUCGAUGGUGUUUCCAUUCUGAUUUUGCUACGGGACCUGAGUCAGGCCUAUGCAGGACUGAUGGACAGUCAGAUUGUUCGAUACGCGCCAUAUAUCCAGUAUCUCCAGACCCUUCCAUCAAAUGACUCUCUGGAAUAUUGGACAAAGUAUCUGGACGACGCGUCUCCAUGCCAUUUCCCAGCCUUGAACGAUGAUCUUACUUCGGAAAACCAGCUACAUGAACUCACGAUCAAUAUGGAAGAUGCGGACGCCAUCCAAAAAUUCUGUGCCACACACAACGUCACGCCAGCAACCGUCUUCCAGGCUGCCUGGGCGUUGGUACUCAAGGCAUAUACCGGGCAGGACGAUGUCUGUUUUGGGUAUCUAACCGCCGGACGGGACUUCCCAGUGCCGAAUAUCAGCAACGCAGUUGGCGUUUUUAUCAACAUGAUGACCUACCGCAUGCGUCUUGCAGCAACAGAUACCGUGGCAGAUGUGAUUAAAGAGACUCAAGAGGGAUUUCUCAGGGGUCUCUCACAUCAGCAGUGCUCCAUCGCUGAGAUACAACAUGCCUUGGGUGUAUCCCAGCCCCUUUUCAAUACGAUCAUGUCUCUUCAAAGCGCUUUGGGAGAAGAGAUUGCUGGUGCAGACAUCGACAAGACGAUUAGAUUCCGGGUCGUGAACGAACAGGAUCCGACUGAGUAUAAUAUCUCGGUCAACGUAUUUGUCUCCAAGGUACGUGUUUCUCUCACUCUGCGAUAUUUCACAGAAGUUCUGUCCGAUGGGAUGGCCGCAAAUGUUUUCGACACAUUCCACGAUGUCGUCCAGACUCUAAUCCACAGCUACAAUUCGACGCUUCCCACGCUCACUGUGCUCAGUGAGCGUGACCAGUCACAGAUAGCCAGCUGGAAUCAAACACAGUGGCCAGACGUACAUGCUUGUGUUCAUGACCUGGUCCACCAGCAGGUUCUGAGCCGUCCGUCGGCCACUGCAAUUGAGGCCUGGGACGGUUCAUUCACAUACAAGGAACUCGAUGAGGUGACCACUUCUUUGGCCUGCAUUCUUAGAGAAAAUGGCGUUGGGCCCGAAGUUCUCGUACCCAUAUGCUUCUCCAAGUCCUCCUGGACAGUGAUUGCGCAGCUCUCAACCCUCAAAGCCGGCGGUGCGUGUGUCGCCUUCGAUCCCGAACACCCCCAGAGUCGGCGAGAGGAGAUGCUCCGCCAGUGUGGUGCUACCAUAGCGCUUGUUGGUGAAGGCAAAGAAUCCCUUUUCCAUGGGCUCGUCGACCGUGUCGUCCUCGUCGCACCUGGUUCGAUACCGAAUUUGCCCACCCAACAGCUGAAGGAGGCCCCUUCUGCAUCCCCCAAUAGUCCCGCAUUUGUUGUCUUCACAUCUGGCAGCACGGGGAAACCCAAAGGUAUCGUCCUGGAACACCAUGCUCUCUGCAGUAGUGCCCGAGCGCAUGGCCCUGCCAUGAACUAUGGACCGGAUGCACGGGUUCUGCAAUUCGCCUCCUACACGUUCGAUGUCAGCAUCGGUGAGACAUUCACUUGUCUCAUGAGCGGUGGCACCCUUUGUAUCCCGAACGAGGAUGAGCGGUUGAAUGACCUCGCCGGAGUGAUCAAUCGCAUGAAUACCAACGUCGUGUAUCUGACUCCGUCUGUUGUCAGCCUGUUGCAGCCAUCGCAAGUCCCCGGAGUGCAUACGCUCGCAUUGGGAGGUGAAGCAGUUCGAGAAGAUAAUAUCCUCACAUGGGCUGACCAGACAAAUCUCGUGAAUAUCUACGGUCCGGCGGAAUGUUCGGUAUGGUCAACGGGCCUUACAGGUGUUCCCCGAUCUGCAUCACCUCGCAAUAUCGGUUAUGGUCUCGGUGCUCGCAUGUGGAUCACGCAUGCAGACGACCCAUCUCAGCUGUGCGCCGUCGGCGCCGUCGGUGAGAUACUGAUCGAAGGCCCCAUUGUUGCACGAGGCUAUCUGGGAGAUGAGGCCAAAACAGCUGCCGUGUUUAUCUCCCCGCCCGCAUGGUUGUCCAAGUUCGAUUCCCAUGCAGCUCAACAAUCAAUCAAGCUGUACCGCACUGGAGAUCUCGCGCAUUACAAUUCCGACGGAUCCAUCAAUUUCGUGGGUCGACGAGAUCAUCAGGUGAAGCUGCACGGCCAGCGCGUGGAAAUGGGCGAGAUUGACCACGCUUUGCUCUCCCAUGAGGCUGUGCAGAAUGCCCUCGCCCUGGUUCCGAAACAGGGUGCCCUAAAGGGUAAAUUGGUGGCUGUUAUUUCCUUGAAACGCAAGUCAUCAGUUCCUGCUACGGAUCGGAAGGGAAUGGCAUUGCUGGAGGACGCAGAUAGCGAGGACGUCCAAACAGAUAUUGUCGCAGUUCGACAAAGAGUAUCGUCUCUGCUUCCCGGGUACAUGGUUCCAGCUCACUGGCUCACUGUUCAAACAAUCCCGAUGACACGAAACGGGAAAUCAGAUCGUCCUUCAGUGACUGUAUGGGUUGAACAGCUCUCCGAAGACCCCACAGGUGCAGCAAACCAUCUCGACAGAGGAGACGACGGACCGCAAAGCCCCAUUGAGACCGAGCUCCAGCAUGUCAUAAGUGAAGUGCUUAACCUCUCGUUAGGCCAGGUGGCUAUGGAGCAGAGCUUCCUCGCCUUGGGCGGAGACUCGAUCACCGCCAUGCAAGUGUCCUCUCGGUCCCGAUCUCGAGGUCUGCAAGUGGCCGUGAAGAACAUCCUCAAGGGCAAAAGUAUUCGUGAGAUUGCCAGUCAGGCUACUCUGAGGUCGAAUUUGGAUCAGUCUGGCUUGAACGGCGCGUCAGAUAUCCGUCAAUUCUCUCUCUUGCCAAGGGUGGAGGCCGCCGAUAUUGAUGCCCUGGCAUCCAAGGCAGGUUACAACGGAGCGGUAGCCAUCGAGGAUGCCUAUCCCUGUUCUCCCAUGCAAGAGGGCAUUUUGAUUAGCCAGGCCCAAGCGCCGGAAACAUACAAGUUCUAUGCAGUUUGUUCUAUUCGGAGCACGAAUCCCGCUGAACCUGUCAGCCUGGCCCGUCUUCACAAGGCUUGGACGCGUCUUGUUGCACGCCAUCCCUCUCUCCGAACUUUCUUCGUGGAAGGUCUUGCGCACGAUGGACUGUAUAGCCAAGUCGUGCUCAAGGAACAUACCCCUCAACUGGAGACGGCAAGUGACCUGACGACUCUGUUCCAAUAUCCCGAGGAAUAUCCCCUUGAUUAUCAAAAGUCCUCGCCACCUCACCGACUCAUUGUCCUUCAAGACCAGGAGGGAGCUACCCAUUUCAACCUUGAGAUAAGCCACACGCUUAUUGACGGUGGCUCCAUGGCUAUAAUUCUGCGUGAUCUAGCAAAGGCGUACGAUGGGGAGUUGCAACCUGGACCCCUUUACCGGGACUACAUUGCCAUGCUGCGGAACCAGUCAAUGGAGGAGACGCUACUUUUCUGGACAUCGUAUCUUGAAAAUGUUAAGCCGGUCUUCUUCCCUUCCCUCCUGGAUGCGCCGGCGACAGCAACAAGGAAACUGCAAGCCAUCAACAUCCCAAUUGCCCCAGCGACGGUGCUGGAUCUUCAAACCUUUACCAAGCAGCAUGAAGUCACCCUGGCCAAUGUCUUCCAGAGCGUCUGGGCCCUGGUUCUUCGUGCGUACACGGGUGAAUCGGACAUCGUAUUCGGAUAUCUGUCCUCCGGCCGUGACGUGGAAGGCCUCGAUAUGGACAUGGAUAAUGCCGUGGGUGCAUUCAUCACCAUGCUGGCAUGUAGAGCCCAGAUCGACGACGACCUGACUCUGCUGGACGUAACCCGCCGGAUGCAUGAGGACUUCAUUAACUCUCUUCCGUAUCAGCAAACAUCCCUGGCGCAGGUGCAGCAUGCGUUGAAGCUCUCUGGCGAGCGCCUGUUCAACAGCAUCCUUUCUUUGCAACGGCCAAUGGUUGACUCCAACAACGAGAGCAGCAUCGCCAUUGAGUACCUCGGCGGUAGCGAUCCCACUGAGUAUGAUCUGGGCGUGAGCAUCACUGUUAGCGAUACCGCAAUUGAAGUUUCUAUCAAUUACUGGAGCACAUUCAUGGAGUCAGAACAGGCAGAUAUGCUGGCUUCUACAUUCACAAAUAUUCUGUCCAAAUUGAUCGACGCGCCAACCAAGGCAAUCGAGCAGGUGGAUCUCCUUGGCCAGAAACAUAUGGAGUACAUUCUCGAUGUGAACCAUAACGGCCAGGUCCCUGAAACAGUUAACGAUUGCAUUCAUACUCGUAUCCAUCGGCGGGCACUGACACAUCCCGACGCCCCGGCCAUUCAUUCCUGGGAUGCUUCUCUAUCCUACGGGGAACUCGACAAGCUGUCUUCUCGCCUCGCGGGUGCUAUUAUCAGUCUUGGAGUGACUGUGGAAGAUGCAGUUCCUCUGUGCUUUGACAAGUCGGCCUGGGCCAUGGUCUCGAUGCUGGCGGUGCUGAAAGCCGGAGCUGCUUAUGUGUCUAUGAAUCCUUCCCAUCCGACUCAGCAUCUGGCCAGCAUCAUUGCCCAGACGAAAGCUCGUAUAGUUCUCGUGGGGUCAUCGGCGUACAGUGACAAAGUCAAAUCGUUGGUUGAUAAUGUCCUCGUUGUUGAUCCCGCCCUGUUUCAUACGUUACCCGAGCCAAACCAGGCCAUCUUCCCUCCUGUAUCUUCCAGCAACGCUGCCAUGAUCAACUUCACCUCUGGAAGUACGGGCAAGCCCAAAGGAAUCGUCGUUUUACAUAAAGGAUUGUGUUCUCUCACCAUACAUAACGAAGAUAUGCAACUCGAUCACUCUUCCCGGGUACUGCAGUUCUCUGCCUAUACCUUUGACACCAGCAAUAGUGAGAUGUUUUUCACUCUCUGUAGGGGCGGCUGUGUUUGUGUGCCGUCCGAUGAUGACCGGCUCAAUGAUCUGGCGGGAGCCAUCAACCGAUUUCAAGUGACAUAUGCAUACUUGACGCCAUCGGUCGCUCUGACUCUGUCUCCAGAGUCCGUGCCCACCUUGAAGACCCUGGCGCUCGUGGGUGAGGCUGUCCCAGCUGAUCUUGCUCGCAAAUGGCAGGACAGGCUACAUCUCAUUAACAGCUAUGGUCCGGCCGAAUGCACCAUCAUGUCCUCUUUCAAUGUCAUUCGCGAGGGGGUUGCGGCAGCAAAUAUUGGCAAGGCACAUGGAUGUCUCUUCUGGGUGACUGAGCCCGAAGACAGCCAGCGUCUGGUGCCGGUGGGUCGUGUUGGAGAGUUACUCAUCGAGGGUCCUCUGGUGACGCGAGGCUAUCUAGACCCAGAACUCACAACGAAGGUGUUCAUUCAACCACCUCGCUGGCGAGGCCCGACCUUGCACGGAACCAGGCUCUAUAAAACGGGAGAUCUAGUCCGCUAUGCUGCUGAUGGAAGCCUCGUCUAUGUGGGCCGAAAGGACAGCCAGAUCAAGCUCAACGGCCAGCGAGUGGAGAUGGGAGAAGUGGAAAAAACAAUUGCUAGUGACUCGUUGGUGCAGCAGUGUGUGAUCUUGCUCCCGAAGCAGGGUCCUUCCAAAAAGAAGCUCGUUGCUGUGGUUGUGCUCGAGGAAUUCCUCGACGAUGAGUGCCAGGAAAUCACUCCCAUAGUCAAUCCAACGGAUAAGUCCAGAGCCAUCAGCCAGGUUGAUAGUAUUCGAGAGCGACUGGCCUCGGUUCUCCCCAGCUACAUGAUUCCAUCGGUAUGGCUCGUCUGUCUGAAGUUCCCAUAUACCCCCUCGAGAAAGGUCGAUCGUCCCCGAAUCUCGCAGUGGGUGGAAAAGAUGGAUCAUGAAACAUACGUCCAGGCUGCAGCUGAAGAGCAGAUCGAGACCAGCGAGUCGAUUGACGAUACUCCUUCUGAGGCUAACACAGCCGCUCAACUGAGGAAUAUCGUUGCCCGAGUGCUGAACAUUUCUUCUUCGCAAGCCUCUCUCAGCCGAUCCUUCCUCAGCCUCGGUGGUGAUUCAAUCACCGCAAUGCAGCUUGUGGUACAAUGUCGCAACGAAGGGCUGCAGAUUUUGUUCAAGGACGUCAUGAGGAGCACUAGCAUCGCGGCCCUGGCACAGUGUGCAGAGAAUGUCGACUCUCGCCGGUCGUCAGAUCGUGCCGCAGAGCAGUGGGAUACGCCGUUUGGUCUGUCUCCCAUCCAACAGCUCUACUUCCAGGAGAUCUCGCAGGGGGCCACUGACGCUGCGGCAAAUCAAUUCAACCAAUCCUUCCUCCUGCGUCUGACUCAGGAUGUGUCCAUCGACCAGCUGCGAUCUGCGUUGGACCGCAUCAUGCAGCGUCACUCGAUGCUACGCGCCCGAUUCCGCAAGUCGCAUCGGGGAGAAUGGACGCAGAUCAUCCCCAGCCAGGUCUCUGGAUCUUAUCGAUUCAGAGUACAUACCAUCGAAUCAGAAGACGAGGCCCGAGCUCUGUCUCUGAAGGCCCAAUCGCAACUUGACAUCCAGAACGGCCCUGUCUUUGCUGCCGAAAUAUUUACUGUCGCCGACAAGCCGACCCUACUCUUCCUUGUCGCCCAUCACUUGGUCAUUGACCUGGUGUCGUGGCGUAUUCUCUUCCAGGAGGUAGAGGAUUCCUUGACUGACAAAGCAUCCCUAUCCGAUCUUGCCCCGUUUUCCUUCCAACGGUGGCAGAGACAGCAGGCAGACUACGCAUCCAAGCACCUUAGACCGAAGAUGGUACUGCCGUACAGCAUACCCCCGGCAGACUACGAAUUUUGGGGCAUGAAAGACGUUCCAAACUAUCAGGAGGAGACUGUGCAGCUCUCUGCCACACUGGAUGCGCAUGAUACGGAGCUGUUGCUCUCACAUUCUCACAAGGCCAUGCGAACAGAGCCGUUGGAUAUUCUCAUCGCAGCGCUUCUUUCUUCGUUUAAAGACACUUUCGGUCGUCAACCUCCUGCAAUCUUCAAUGAAGGCCAUGGUCGUCAGCCGGCUGUCAACGGACCGCUCUCGGAUAUUGAUCUCUCGGACUCAGUGGGUUGGUUUACCACCGUCUUCCCCUUCCACGUUCCAGUAGAAGCAAGUGGAAACUCGUUGGAUAUCGUGCGUCAAGUCAAGGAUCAGCGAAAAGAGCUCCCAGCCAACGGGUGGUCAUACUUCACUUCAAAGUAUCACAACGAGGAUGGGACAAGAGAGUUCGCCAACCAUAUGCCGGUCGAGGUUCUAUUCAACUACCUCGGAUUGUACCAGGGGCUCGAGCGAGCUGAUGGUGUGUUCCAGCGUGUUCCAUUCAACGAGGGCGACGUUGGUCCAUCCGUGCGUCGGUAUGCCUUGUUUGAAAUCAAUGUCUAUGUGGUCAACGGGAGUGCUCAUGCUACUAUCGCAUUCAAUCGCAACAUGAAGCAUCAGGAACAGGUCACUGAGUGGCUGUCCCGAUACACAGUGGCCCUGCGGGAAUUGAGCCAGCAGCUCAUGAACACUCAGUAUACCCUCACGCGCAGCGACUAUCCCCUCUUGUCUAUCUCAUACCCCAAAUUGGACCACCUUCACACGCAGCGACUACCGGAACUGGGAUAUCAGAUCGAUUCGAUCGAGGAUAUUUACCCAUGCUCACCCCUCCAAGAAGGCAUUCUUCUGAGCCAGACCCGUAUGCCGGAUGCCUACCUUUAUCAUGCCAUCCUUCGCCUUACUUCGGCUCAAGGCCGACCUGUCGAUCCCCAGCAAUUGAUUUCGUCAUGGCAGCAAGUGGUCGAUCGCCACAGCAUUCUGCGUACCGCGUUCUUAGAGCGCGUCUCCAGCAGGCCAUUUGACCAGAUGGUCCUUGUCGAUCACCAGGCCAAUUCUCUUGUCCUCGGUGGUGUCGGCUCCGAGAAGGAGGCCAUUGAUAUACUCGGCAGCCUGGCUCCUCUCUCAUCCUCUUCAAAUAAGCCUCAACACCGCCUCGCGGUUGUGCAAGCCAAUGACGAGACUAUUUACUUCAAGCUUGACAUCAGUCAUGCUCUUAUGGAUGGAACGGCCAUGGCCAUCCUUAUUCACGAUCUCGCAUCUGCAUACAUCAACCAGCUGCCUUUGACCCCGGCUACUUCGUAUAGUGAGUACAUUGGCUAUAUCCAAUCGCAGCCAGCAGACGAAGCUCUAGAGUUCUGGGCCACUCACCUGGCCGGUGUUCAGCCCUCUCACUUCCCUGCCUUGACGUCGGACUCUAGCAAAGAGCAACGUGAGUUGCAACACAUCGAUGUCCCAGUGCCCGAGAUCGCCAAGGUUAGAACUUUCUGCCAGCAACACGAUGUAACAUUGGCGAACAUUGUGCGCUUGGCGUGGGCUGUCGUUCUCUCUGCCUACACUGGCGAGGAAAACAUCUGUUUCGGAUACUUGACAGCUGGUCGAGAAGUGCCUGUUCCCGGCGUUGAAAGCGCUGUUGGUCCCUUUAUCAACAUGCUGGUGUGUGCCAUGGACAUGAGCCAGAUGGGCCAGAAGACGGUCGUUGAGGAACUGAAGGCCCUGCAUGAGGAGUAUCUGCAAAACCUUCCGUAUCAGCAUGUCGGUCUGGCGGAGAUUCAGCAUCGCCUGGGACUCUCUGGACAGACACUAUUCAACACCGUUGUCAGCUUCCAGCGCAGGGAUGUCGAUAACUUCCAGCUCGGGGACCUGAAGAUUGAUUAUAUUCAGGGAGAAGACCCCACCGAGUACGAUAUCACACUCAAUGUCACCGACACUGAUAGAGGCUUCACCGUGCAACUUGGCUACUUGACUUCCCGCCUGUCUUCUGAACAGGCCUUGAACGUCUCUGAGGCUCUCUCAGCCGCGCUCUCUUCGAUUGUGUCUGCACCACGAUCCCCUGUGACAUCGGUCGACCUAUUCAGUUCACGCCACCGUGAACAAGUCUUGCAGUGGAACAAAACUAUCCCUGCAACCAUCGACGAAUGUCUACAUUCUCUAUUCGAACGCAGCGCUAAAGCAUCCCCCGACGCUUUGGCGAUUGCCUCGUGGGACGAGGACCUGAGUUAUGCUCAGCUAGACAAGAAAACCACCCAACUCGCCCGGGUUCUCGUGAGUAUGAGACUGGGACCAGACGAUCUUGUGCCCAUCUGCUUUGACAAGUCUUCUUGGGCCAUUGUGGCUAUGCUUGGUAUUCUCAAGGCUGGCGCAGGCUUUGUACCUCUCGACCCAGCACACCCGCCGGAGCGACUGGCGUCUAUCAUAGCUCAAACCUCAUCGUCCUUGGCUCUGGUGUCUUUGAGCACUUCAAAGCGGGUAGUUGAUCUAGUUCCCAACAUCCUGGUCAUCUCUUCAGGGUCCAACAUGUGGCUUGACAGCGAUGAUAGUUUGACUCUACCUGCAGCUCCUACGACACGCAACAUUGCAUACACGCUGUUCACCUCCGGCAGCACAGGAACUCCCAAGGGUGUUGUUGUGGAGCAUUCCGCCGUCAGCACCAGUAUUAUCCACCAUGGUAAAGAGAUCGGUUGCAGUCCGGCCACGCGCAUGUUCCAAUUUGCGGCGUAUACCUUCGAUGCCUGCAUCCUGGAGAUCUUCACCACUUUGGCCUACGGUGGUUGCAUCUGCGUGCCAUCUGAAGCCGAUCGGAUGAGCGAUAUCGCUGGCUCCAUCCGUCGCCUGCAGGCCAAUACUACCUUCCUCACUCCCUCAGUGGUGCGGAUUCUUCGACCGGACCAGGUCCCUACCCUGAGUACUAUCAUACUCGGAGGAGAGGCCUUGGACCGAGACAAUAUCCAAACAUGGGCAGCAGGUUCCGACAUGCGCCUGAUGAAUGGCUAUGGCCCUACCGAGACCUGCGUUUUCUGCGUCAUGCACACCUUCACAAGCAAGACGGAGCGCCAUGAUAUACUGGGCCGCGCAGUUAGUUCCCUUUCAUGGAUUGUUCGCCCUGGCGAUCACAAUCACCUUGCUCCCAUCGGGUCAGUCGGCGAGCUCCUGGUGCAGGGUGGCACACUAGCACGUGGCUAUCUUCAUGAUGACGAUAAAACAGCGAAAUCCUUCAUCGUCAACCCAGAUUUCGCCACGUCCGGCCCCGAUACCGGUGCUCAGCGGUUCUACAAGACGGGAGAUCUCGUCCGGUACAAUGCCGAUGGAACCAUCACCUACCUAGGCCGCAAAGACACACAGAUCAAGCUUCGAGGACAGCGUAUUGAAUUGGCUGAGAUCGAGCAUCAGAUACAGCGGCAACUCCCACCAAAUGUGCAGAUCGCAGUCGAGGUUGUACUGCCUCAUGGUGAGAAGGAACAAGCACUGCUGGCAGCAUUUAUAUGCCAACCCUCAUCCCAGCCAGACUUCCUACAGGAGAUGACACCAGAAGCUCGCGCCCAAUUGGGCCAGCUGAAGCAAUCACUUUUCACUGUUUUGCCUCCAUAUAUGCAGCCGUCGCUCUUCCUGCCCACCAACUGGAUGCCAACCACCUCCGCCAAAAAGCUGGACAGACACUUCCUCCGCAGUCAUUGUGCCUCUCUGACGGACGUCCAGCUCAAAGUGUACUCUCUUCAAGGGGAGGAGAGCCGGCGAGCGCCAAACACCGUGCUGGAAAAGAAAGUCCAGGAGCUCUGGCAUCGCGUCCUCAAGGUCCCCAUGCAGCAGAUCUACGCCGAAGACAGCUUCUUCCAGGUAGGGGGCGACUCCAUUGCUGCCAUGAAGAUGGCUGCUACCUCGGACGAUAUCAGUAUUACUGUUGCCGAUAUCUUCCGUCACCCAGUGUUGGCCGAUCUCGCUGCUGCUCUGGCCGCCAAAAAUCAACCGGAGAAGACAAAUGGAAUACCUGUGGAACCAUUCGAGCUCCUGUCCGACUAUUCCGUUUUGAAGGGCAUCAGCACCGAGUAUGGAAUUCCUCCGGAGUGUAUCCAGGAUGCCUAUCCAUCCACUUCCCUGCAGGAGGGUAUGAUGGCUUUGGCAAUACUCAAUCCGGGUGCCUAUGUCCUACGAAAGGUACUUAAGCUCACUUCAAGCAUUGAUAUCGCACGAUUCCAAUCUGCUUGGGAGACGGUCAGCCAAAAGACUCCCAUCUUACGCACAAGACUCGUCCCUACUACCGAUGGGAGCUUGCUGCAGCUUGUGGUCAACGAACACAUUGAAUGGAGAUCGGCGCAAUCUCUUCAAGAUUAUCUCGAGCUCGACGCCCGUGAAAGCAUUCGCUAUGGUGCGCCACUUGUUCGAUAUGCCAUCACUGCCGACGGCCACUUUGUUUGGACCGCCCAUCAUUCGGUCUAUGAUGGAUGGUCUUUGCCCAUGAUCCUAGAGCAAGUCCGAUGUGCCUAUGAGAAUGGUGACUGCUCUGAUACCCCCAGAUUCAACACGUUCAUCAAGCAUCUCGUCGACAUCGAUCCCCAAUCCACUCGUAACUUCUGGCAGAAACAGCUCGAGGGCCAGCGUCCGUCUUCCUUCCCUGAACUCCCUUCCCCGUCCUACCGUCCGUCUGUCCGUGGUUCAACGGCCCAUAAAAUGUCCUUUUCCCAUUCCCCCAAUUCCCCUAUACUCAAAACCACAGUGCUUAGAGCUGCCUGGGCCUUCGUUCUCUCUUUCUACACCGAUUCGCCAGACGUGGUCUUUGGCAUGACUCUUUCCGGUCGCAAUGGCUCUGUUUCUGGAAUCGACAAGAUGAUCGCGCCUGUUAUCACAACCGUACCUGUUCGGGUCGCCUUUCCCCCCGCCAUAACCGUGGAAGGAUUCCUGCAACAGGUCCAGCAACAGGCCACUGAUAUGAUUCCUCAUGAGCAUUUUGGCCUGCAGAACAUCGCUAAUCUGAGUUCCGAAUGUGCUCGCGCCAUUGAGUUUCAGAAUCUCUUUGUCAUUCAGCCCGCGUCAGAACUAACCACUACAACUGCUUUCCUGGGUUGUGAGGAGGUUGAUCUCCCUCUGCAAGAUUUUGACAGUUAUCCUCUGGUGGUGGAGUGCUACCUUGCCGAUGGUGAUAUCCAUAUUGAAACUCGUCACGACGAAGCUAUUCUCUCUGCUUGGCAGGUUCAGAAUAUGCUUUACCACUUUGAAUCUCUGGUCAACCAGCUUACCGCCGUCGAGAAUGCCGGCCGGCCAAUUGAACAGAUAGAAAUGUUUGGUGAAAAGGAUCUACAGCAGAUUCUCGAGUGGAACCAAGUGUAUCCUGAGGUGGUUGAAUCCACCGUUCCCCAGGUCUUCGCGCAGCAGGUUGCUGAGCGACCAAGUGCUCUUGCUGUCGAUGCCUGGGAUGGACAGCUCACUUACGCCGACCUGGACUACUUUUCCAGCAUCCUGGCUCGGCACCUUCACCACCUCGGAGUUGGACCGGAAGUUCUCGUCCCUAUGUGCUUCGAUAAGUCUCGCUGGGCGGUGGUGGCCCAAAUGUCGGUCAUCAAGGCUGGGGGAGCUUGUGUCAAUCUUGAUCCAAAGCAUCCCCAGGCCAGACUGGAAACAAUCGUCAGAGAUGCCGGUGCCCCAAUCCUCCUGUGCGCACCCAGCCAUUCUGGUAUCCUAGGCUCUGCACUGUCAGUCCAUGAAGUAACCGUCACGGAAGAAUUCAUUCGAUCGUUGGCAUCUUCCAAUGACAUGAUGGCCAGCAAUCUCCCCGACUUGAGCCCUCGAAACGCAGCCUAUGUCCUCUUUACCUCCGGCAGUACUGGCAAACCCAAGGGUAUUGUCAUCGAGCAUGGAUCUCUCUGCUCCAGCUCCAAGGCUCACGGCAGCCGCUGGGGCAUUGGGCCCAACACUCGCCUCCUUCAAUUUGCUGCCUACACGUUCGACGUCAGCUGCGCCGAUAUCUUCACCACGCUUCAACGGGGAGGAUGCAUUUGCGUGCCUUCAGAGCACGACCGUCUGAACGCUCUACCGGAGUCCAUCAACCACUUCCGAUGCAAUUGGGCGUUCUUGACGCCAACAGUGGCCAGUCUGUUGCCCGCUGACAAUAUCCCAUCUCUCAAGACACUGGUCCUAGGUGGUGAAGCAUCAUCCUGGGACACCAUCGCCAAAUGGCACAGCGUCUUGGAUCUCAUUGUCUGCUACGGUCCCGCUGAAUGUUCCGUCUAUUGUUCUGGAGCUCCUCCAGCCACUGCGACAAGCGAUCCAGCCAACCUCGGCGCAUCCAUCGGAGCCCUGUAUUGGAUUGCAGACCCCCAAGACCCCAAUCGCCUGACUCCGGUUGGCUGCGUCGGUGAACUGCUCCUCGAGGGACCAACUGUGGCCAGGGAAUAUCUUCAUGACCCAGCGAAGACAGCGAGCGCAUUUGUCAGAGAUCCAACCUGGGCACCUUCACGGACACACAACCGACCUCGCAUGUUCUACCGCACUGGCGAUCUGGUCCGCUACAAUGAGGACGGCACCAUCCGGUUCGCGGGCCGCAAGGAUACACAGGUCAAGGUCCGCGGUCAACGUGUGGAACUGGGUGAGAUUGAGCAUGCCAUUCGACUGGCAAUGCCCUCUUUGGCCCAUGCAACCGUCGAUGCAGUCAAAGACCCGAGCUCCGCACGACAGACGGUGGUGGCAUUCCUUCACUUCAGCAACCGCAGCGGCAGUGCUGAAUUGAUGGAGAUGACAGCAGAGCUGCGUGAGAAUCUCAUCCAAAUGCAGCAAACACUCAGCCAGUCUCUUCCCUCCUACAUGAUUCCGUCCAUGUUCCUUCCCCUGGCCCGCGUGCCCUUAACCAUGAACGGCAAGGCUGAUCGUCGCCAGCUGCGGGAUCUUGCCCUAUCUCUCUCACAGGACGAUGUCCUGGCCUUCUCACUUGCAGAUGGUGUCAAACAAGAGCCGACCACCGAGACAGAAUUCCAGUUGCGUGAACUGUGGGUCAAAUUGCUGAAUGUCGAGGUUGAAUCAAUCGGUGCUGGUGAUCAUUUCUUCCGCUCUGGAGGUGAUUCAAUCAUUGCGAUGAAGUUAACCAGUCUGGCUCGUGCCCGAGGAUGGCCCUUGUCCGUCCAGGAGGUCUUCCAGUUCCCAAUCCUCUCCGACAUGGCUGCUCAUAUCGACAAUGAACCCCGCGCGGUGGAUGCAUCUUCGCACGUUGCCUAUCAGCCGUUCUCCUUGAUUCAAACCUCUGGUUCUGAACUUGUCGACCAGGUCGCCACCGAUGUCAAGACAGCCUCUACCAACAUCGCAGAUAUUCUUCCGGCUACCGAUUUCCAGUCCUCCGCCAUUGCUCACUCAAUGAUGAAGACUCGUGGCUUGCUUAAUUAUCUCUUCCUUGAUGGCCAGGGCUCACUCCCUUGGACCGUAGGAUAUGUUCAGAGUGUUUGGAGCCGAUUCCUUUCGUCACAUCAGAUCCUGCGAACGGUGUUCACUGCCCGUGGUGAUCGCUUCUAUCAAGUGGUUCUGAAACAAAUUUCUCAGGAGGUUGAAUGGUACGAAACGGAUCGUGAUAUUGACUCUUUCUGUGCCGAAUUGUGUCGCGACGAUGUCCAGUCUGAUCUGCAACUCGGCGACUCACUUACAAAGCUGAUCAUCGUGGGAAGUCAAACGCAUCACCGGGUCAUUCUUCGUCUUUCUCAUGCGCAAUAUGACGGUGUUUGCCUCCCACAGAUCUGGCAGACCUUGCAAGAUGUCUUCUUAGGCAAGACACCUUCACCCGAAGCUCCGUUUGCCCAAUAUGUGGCAGCAGUCAAUUCCCACAAUGGUGCUGGAACUAUGGCCUACUGGCGCACUCUUCUACAAGACUCUCAGAUGACCAAUGUGGUGAACCACGCAAAGCCUUCAUAUCGCAAUGUCUACGAUCUUCAUCUCACCAGAACCAUCCCUGUUCCCGUCAACAGCCGACCCUCUUCUGGCAUUACCUUUGCAACUAUUCUUAAGGCAUCCUGGGCGACCGUCCUUGCAGCCCUUUCCGACACCACCGACGUUGUCUUCGGCCACGUCACUUCCGGUCGAAACAUUCCAGGAACGGAUAUGGAACGUAUCAUCGGCGCUUGUCUUAACAUCAUCCCUGUGCGAGCGUCCGUCAACAGCUCGACCAGCGCGACUGACCUCCUUCAGAGCUUGCAGUCUCAGCAUAUUGCUAGCAUGGCCCACGAAUCUAUUGGCAUGCGCCAAGUCGUGCGGGAAUGUAGCUCCUGGGCGCCGUUCACCCGCUUCAGCAGCAUCGUGCAGCAUCAGAACAUCGAGCAGAUUGCUGCCGUAACGCUCGCUGAUCGGGAAUACACCAUUGGGGAUUUCUGUCCAGCGGCCGAUGAAGCCGAUGUGGCCAUCAAGACUACUCCGUUGGAUGGUAAUCAGAUGGAAGUCCUAUUCAUUACGUCUUCGCAGUCAGUGGGUGAAUCGGUUGCGUCGACGUUGCUGGACCUCUUGUGUCAAACUAUCCAGAGAUUCUGCCAGCCUGAUUCUGCACAGUUACAGAGUGCACCUGCUCAGUGGCUGAGCGGCAAAUCUAUGCUUCCACUAGCAUACCCUUCCCCCAUCCCCACUCUUACUGCCAAUGGCACUGUGAACGGAGCCCCGUCCAGUUCCCCCAAUGGGGUCGUGUCUCUGAUCUAUGACAGCUGGAGGCUUGUACUUGGGGCUCCGGAUCUAUCCCUGGAUCUUGACUCGGAUUUCUUCCUUGUUGGUGGCGAUCUGGUUUCCGUUGCUCUAUUAGCCGCCACGCUGCGGCAGCAUGGAUUCAAUAUCGCUGUGGAGGACCUGAUAGAUCGGUCAGUCCUCCAGGGAAUGGCCGAGACUCUGCUUCGUUCGAAGGCGUGA